UUCAUUUGGAACGGGGUCCCAAGAUAAAAAGUGAAGACACAUAAUGUUAUAUUUCCAUCAUUUCCACACCUAAUUGGCAAGUAUCUUUCUCAGCCUUGGGUGUCAGUUGACCUGUGAUUGUUGGAUAGUCCACUUGGAUGAUAUUAAUCCUCAUCGUAAGUGACAAUAUUGCCGUCGAUGUUCGUAAAUGAGCCAUGAACAGCUUGAAGUAGUCUGCCACAACAACAACAGCAUCCAACGGGGCGGCUCAUCCAUGUGAACUUAUUGCGAACAUUGUUUUGGUUGUAAAGAAACACCAGUUAAAAGGCGAAAAUAACAGACGGCGUGACCUCAACAGGCUGAUAUGACAAAUAAAUGCUGAAGAAAUUGAUCAAAUUUCGGCGUUCGCCGCUCUUCAUCUGUUUAUUUUUGAUUGUCUUGGUCUCAACGGUCAGCAAGCUGUACUUUGGGUCACAAGAAGAAGCUGUAGACAAGCUGGGCACAGUCGUGGGGUAUUUUGAAAGAAAGACGAUACUCGAUAUUAGAAGAGUUGAACCAGAGUUAGAAAUAAAGGAACCUGGCAAUGAAACGACUAGAAAGCCAAUAAUAGAGCCGAGAAAUACAAGUGUUAAGAAUGAUUUGGUAAGGGUUCGAACCCAUAAGCUUCCAGUUAUCAAGAAAGUGGCUGAAGCUGUAAGGAAACCGGAAGGAGCGAAUUAUCCAGCCUCUAAAAAUGACACGUGGGAAAAAAGGCCUAAGAAUUUCUCGGUUAAAAAAGGCGACAAGAAAGUGGAUGCCAUAGUGCCUACCUUAAAGCAGACUAUAAACACAACAGUUGGGCCCCAUAAGACAUACUUGACAGAUUUCAAAGACAGCACUCACUAUGAUCCAUACAUUCAGACUGUGAUGGAUAUUAAAGCAGGUUGUCAGAACGCCAGUUCCUAUGACGCUAUAAUGGCAGUCCACUCAGCACCAAACAAUGCUGCCAAAAGAAACAUGUUUCGAUGGUUGUAUUCAGACUACCAGAAGACUUCUCCGUACAAGAUCAAGGUGUAUUUUUUUGUUGGUCAAGUCAAGACCUUCGCUGCCCAAUCAAAUCUAGUGGCCGAGAAUGUCAAGUACAAUGACGUCAUCCAAGGAAGCUUCUACGACGCCUACGUCAACCUUACCUAUAAAGCCAUCUUUGUGUUCAAGUGGCUGAACGAGCACUGCCAGGGGCUUAGACUUCUGCUUCGUCUAGAUGACGACGUUUUCGCAGGGGUUCACCAAUUCUUUGACGCCUGGAAGAGCCUUGUGAAAACAGAGGCCAACACGAUCAUGUGCGACGCCGAGUCUAACGACAAGGUCCGGCGAGAGGGGAAAUGGCUGGUCAAGAGGUCUCAGAUACCCGAGGAUAGAUACUUCUUCACCCACUGCCUCGGGUACUUCGUGGCCUUAACCCCUGACCUCGUGCCCAAAAUAGAGUAUUCGGCGAGGCGGACGACCUUCUUUUGGAUAGAUGACAUCUUCAUUUACGGCUUCGUGGCGAAGAAGGUGGGAGCCAAGUUUGUGAACAUUUACCGCAAGAUGGCGCGAUGGAAUAAAAAGAAGCUUGUUUCGUGUCUUCAAACUCAAGGAAGAAAGUGCACAAUUUUAACUUUCAUUACAAAAAAGCACGCGGAUUUUAUUUAUCUCCAAUCACUUUUCCAAAAUUAUACAAACUCAAAAAAUAAACCUAGUAAACCUACGAGUCAAUUAGCUCUUUAAUAGCGAAGACAAGUGUGUUCAGCCAAGAACUACUUUGCAAUCGUUUGUCCUUUUAUUGACUGCUAAAAUCACGUGAGAUCAUUCUUAACUCUUUCUCUCCGUAAUUAUUUACCACAUUCUGGUGGAAUCAACGCUGGUAUCGUCAGUUAGGAGAGAAGGAGUUAAAGGACUCAAUGGUGUCAGAAACAAAAUACUAACACAAAUAAUUUAGAAUAUAUCCUUAAAUACAACCUUUAUUUUUACAAUAUAUCUAAUACAACCAGUUUGUUGGAAAAUGUAACGCCUACAAGUGUUGUUAAUGUGCAAAUGUUAAUGGUGCAUAACUAUGUGUCUCCUUAAUGCAACAGAUUUGAGGGUUACCAGCUGUGGUCCAGAAAUGUUAUCUAAAAUCUUUAAUCUUCCUUUACUUUCCAUAGAAUGGCCACAAAACAAAUCAGAGCGGCAGACGACAGAGAAUUAGGUUAAACAAAAACAAAGACUUUCUUUAAGUCUAGU